AUGUAUGCGUACACAUACAUAAAAUACACACACACACACACACAGACGUAUUGUGAGUCUGCCACGGUGUGGGCCAAUCGGGCAAAUAUUUAUUUAUUAUUAUUAAUCCUGGUCCAAAAUGAUUCCGCGUCUCUUCUUCGUUUUGGCGUAAACAACCAACUUGUGCAUGUGGCCCCGCCGGACCGACUCGAGAGGCUCGUUCGUGCGCUGGUCACGGAUCGUCUGUGCGUCUGCUGGUCUGUUGGCUUGCCUCGACAGUGCCCAAUUCUGACUCGAGAUGGCGUGGUUUGUGUUUCGCUGAUUUUGGCCAAAGUGAAUCAAGAAGACAAGGCCGAGAUGGAGUCACUUCGUGAUUCCUCCUCCUUCUUUGCACGUUGUGGACGACAGCCACACACACACACACGCACACGACCGACGACGUCGAGACAUUUUGCGUCAUUGUAG